CGUCCUCGGAAGUGUUCGUUGUCAUUCUAUUAAAUUGGACGCAGAUCGAUUCUGCCGUGACCUGGAUGUAUUGAAACUCGUGGGUUAACUGAGAGUAGGCUGCAUUUCGUAGACGCAAAUCAAACUUCAUUCGGGCUUACAGCUUAUUCAUUUUCUUCUCCAACAACCUCCCGGUUAUGCUGGUUUGAAGCGGGUCAUAUUGGUGUUUUGGUUGCGGGUAGAGUUUCGUCACUAUCAGAAGUCAGCUGAAACCAGCCCGCCGCUAAGAUGCUUUCACCGAGCAGGACCGUCUCCUCUCGCCUGCUCAGGUCGUGCUCGUGGCUCCCUCUCCGGCUAAGCUCCGAAGGGAAAGCCAUCGGCUCUCUGCAGAAAGAUUUGAUAAAGAAACAUGAGCUGGCGAAAGAUGAGCUCCGUCCCCUCUAUAUGGACUUCCAGGCUACCACGCCCAUGGACCCCCGGGUGCUGGAUGCCAUGUUGCCCUACCUGAUGAAUUACUACGGUAACCCUCACUCCAGGACACACGCCUAUGGUUGGGAGAGCGAGACUGCCAUGGAGAAUGCCAGGAAGCAAGUGGCUGAUCUGGUUGCAGCUGAUCCCAGAGAGAUCAUCUUCACCAGCGGAGCCACCGAGUCCAACAACCUAGCCCUUAAGGGUGUUGCCAGAUUCUACAAGAGCAGGAAGCGUCAUAUAGUCACCACGCAGACGGAACAUAAAUGUGUUCUGGACUCGUGUCGAGUUCUGGAGGCCGAAGGCUUCAAUGUCACAUACCUGCCAGUCCAGAAGAAUGGACUGCUGGACCUGGAGCUGCUGGAGGCCUCCAUUUGUCCUGACACCUCUCUGGUGUCGGUGAUGACUGUCAACAAUGAGAUUGGAGUCAAGCAACCUAUUGAGGAGAUCGGUACAAUUUGUCGUUCAAAAGGAGUCUUCUUCCACACUGAUGCUGCUCAGGCUGUUGGAAAGAUUCCCAUCAACGUCUCCAACUGGAAGAUCGACCUAAUGUCCAUCAGUGGUCACAAGCUCUAUGGACCCAAAGGUGUGGGAGCUCUGUACGUGCGUCGCAGGCCCCGGGUGCGUUUAGAGCAACUACAGAGUGGGGGUGGGCAGGAGAGGGGGCUGCGCUCUGGCACUGUCCCCACCCCAUUGGUUGUUGGGCUGGGAGCCGCCUGCAGCGUUGCCCAGCAAGAGAUGGAGUAUGAUCAUUGCAGAGUGUCCAUGCUGGCUAAGCGGCUUGUCCAGAAGAUCAUGUCUGAGGUUCCUGAUGUAAUCAUGAACGGAGAUCCAGAACAACGCUACCCUGGCUGUAUCAACUUGUCUUUUGCGUAUGUGGAAGGAGAGAGUCUACUGAUGGCGCUGAAGGACGUCGCCCUGUCAUCUGGCAGUGCAUGCACAUCAGCGUCUCUGGAGCCAUCAUACGUCCUCAGAGCAAUUGGAACAGAUGAAGACCUGGCUCACUCUUCCAUCAGGUUUGGUAUUGGCAGGUUCACCACAGAAGAAGAGGUGGACUACACAGCAGAGAAAUGUAUCCAGCAGGUCCGCAAACUCAGAGAGAUGAGUCCUCUGUGGGAGAUGGUUCAGGAAGGCAUCGAUCUGAAGAGCAUCAAGUGGACGCAGCACUAGAUUCCUCCCACUCUCUACUUUUCCAUUUCUAGCCGAUGACGACUACAAUGAUGAUGGUUCCCAGGGAAUUCUGAUCAGUUUUUUUAAAAUUUUUUUUUAUUCCUGCCAUGGAUGUAUUAUUAGAGCUGGAUACGAUGCUGCCACUCAGCUUUUAGCCAGUUCUUCCCCACAGCUGCUUGUGGUAAUGUGGUGAAAAAUCUCCUUGCAGUCCAAAACCCACUUUCUCCCUUGACCACAAUAAUAAAAGAAAUGUCUGUACAGCUGUUGA